AUGCUGGCCUCUUUCCAGUCCCUUAAUUCAUGCAUCCAAAACCAGAGCUAUGGCAUUCUUGAUUUUAGAGCAAAAAAAUACAGUAAGAUCAGAAGCUAUUGUGUGAGAUGUAAAAGUAGUCUUGAUCGAACUUUAGAUGAAGAGAAGGGUGGCAAAAGGAAGCUUAAAAUUCUAAUUGCAGGUGGGGGUAUUGGGGGCCUAGUUUUAGCAUUGGCAGCAAAACACAGAGGAUUUGAGGUAGAGGUUUUUGAGAAAGACCUGAGUUUAGUGAGAGGGGAGGGACAACACCGUGGACCGAUUCAGCUUAUGAGUAGCGCUCUGGCCGUGCUGGAAGCCAUUGAUGAGAAUGUUGCAAAACAAAUCAUGGAAGCAGGUUGUGUUACUGGCAAUAGGACCAAUGGCUUUGUAGAUGGAGUUUCAGGUGCAUGGGCAAAAAAAUACAGUAAGAUCAGAAGCUAUUGUGUGAGAUGUAAAAGUAGUCUUGAUCCAACUUUAGAUGAAGAGAAGGAUGGCAAAAGGAAGCUUAAAAUUCUAAUUGCCGGUGGGGGUAUUGGGGGGCUAGUUUUAGCAUUGGCAGCAAAACACAGAGGAUUUGAAGUAGAGGUGUUUGAGAAAGACCUGAGUUUAGUGAGAGGGGAGGGACAACACCGCGGACCGAUUCAGCUUAUGAGUAGCGCUCUGGCCGUGCUGGAAGCCAUUGAUGAGAAUGUUGCAAAACAAAUCAUGGCAGCAGGUUGUGUUACUGGCAAUAGGACCAAUGGCUUUGUAGAUGGAGUUUCAGGUGAAUGGUUUACCAAGUUUGAUCUUUCGUCUCCGGCUGUAAGUAGGGGGCUUCCUAUCACUCAAGUGAUAUGCCGGAUGGAGCUUCAAGAUAUCUUAGUCAAUGCAGUCGGAUUGGACAUUGUGAGAAACAAUUCUGAAGUGGUGGACUUCAUUGAAGAGCCUAGCAAGGUCACGGUGAUCCUUGAAGAUGGACGGCAAUAUCAUGGUGAUGUUUUAGUAGGAGCUGAUGGAAUAUGGUCAAAAGUGCGAACGAAAUUAUUUGGCAGACGGGAAGCAAAAUACUCAAAUUACACAUGCUACAGUGGAAUAACAAAAUUUGUUCCGCCAUACAUUGAUAGUGUCGGGUGUCGGGUCUUCUUGGGAUUGAACCAAUACUUUGCUGCCUUAGAUAUUGGGAAUGGGAAUAUGCAAUGGUUUGCCUUCCAUAAGCAGCCGCCUAUGAGCACUGAUCCUCCUGGAGGCACACACUCUCUUUCUCUGCUUCUAGAUCCUGUAGGUAAAAAGAAGCUUCUGGAGGAGAAAUUUGGAAAGUGGUGUGAUGAAGUGGUUGCUAUAAUUCAGGAAACACCAGAGCCCAUGAUUUUACAGAGAGAUAUCUACGAUAGAGACAUGAUCUACUCAUGGGGAAUCGGGCGUGUUGCUCUGCUAGGCGAUGCUGCUCAUCCAUUGCAGCCAAAUCUUGGGCAAGGGGGUUGCAUGGCAAUUGAGGACUGUUACCAGCUUAUACAGGAGCUUGAUCAAGUUCCCAAUACCGGCUCAGAUGCUCAAAUUUCAGAUGCAAUUUGCUUGGCACUAAGACAAUACGCGAAGAAAAGAAUAAGGCGUGUUGGUGUAGUGCAUGCAGCCACCCGAAUGGCAUCAAAAAUGCUUGCUAUGUAUCAACCUUACACACAGUUUAAAACUGGUCCUCUGGCUCAUCUCUCAGCUCUGCAGAUAACGCAACUUGCAUUUCGAAUGGGUCAGGCAUUUCUGCAGUAUCUUUUGCCAAAAUUUAUGACUUGGAUGAUAGCAGGGCACGGGUUAAGUCUCAAAUCUCAAAGAGAGCGAGAAAGGGAUGCAAAACAAACUUAG